CCCUCGUCUCUCCGCCUCCUUCCUCCCUCUCUCUGCGCGACACUGUGCUCUCUCUUCCUCCUCCAUUAUUGACGAUGAGGGGGUUGAUGCGGUGCGCGUCGACGGGGGCGUGCAGGGUGGCGCCGGGCGCCGUGGCGGCGAGGGCGUCGGCGGCGGCGGUGGGAGGAGGGACGACGAAGGUGCCGGCGGGGCACGUGCCGGUGGAGGUGGGGGCAGAGGGGGAGGAGACGGAGCGGUUCGUGGUGCCGGCCGAGCUGCUGGGGCGCCCGCCCAUCGCCGAGCUCCUCCGCCGCGCCGCGCAGGAGUACGGCUACGCGCGCCGCGGCCCGAUCCGCAUCCCCUGCCCCGCCGCCGCCUUCCGCCGCCUCCUCGGCGCCCUCACCGGCGGCUCCGGCGAGGGGGGCCUCGCGCUCUCCUACUUCAGCGUGGUGGUCUGAAUCUGAUCGAACCUGCAGCUAGCUAGCACAUGUAGUAGCGUAGCGUUGAUCCCUUUCUUGAUGAGGAGGCGUGUAGCUGUUGUGCAGGAGGCGUGCGUUGUGUCGUGUGCUCGUGUGGCUGUUCUAGCUCGCUCACCUUCUUGCUUUGCUUUCUGGAGGCUCUCUUUUAUUAGCUUUGAUUCCAUUUGUUUCUUGGCUUCUUCUACUACUACUCCUUUUUCCUUCUUUUGUGUAAUAAUAUGCAUGUAAAUUUUGUAAAUCUAGAUCGAUGAGAUGUUUAAUUUUAUAUAGUUGUAGAUUAUUAGAGCA